ACUGGAAAGGAAGAUAAUAAUUAUGUCCAGUCCAGUUUGGUGCGCGAGUGCAUAUGUGUGACCCUGCAAACAUGGCUGCCAAUUUAACAAACGAACAAGAAAAUGCAACGAAGGAUUUUUUGGGGAAGGUGAACGCUAAAUAUCGUCGGAAAAUCGGACCGGUUCCUUGGUCGACGGCGGUGCGAUUUUUGUAUGCGAGGAAGUUCGACGUGACGAGAGCCGUCGCUCUUUUCGACCAGCACGAGCAGAUCAGAAAACAAGAAGGCCUAAAUGAUUUCGAUCCCUUGAGCGAACCCCUCAAAACGGAGUUGUUGACAGGAAAGUUUACAGUUUUGCAAAAAAGAGACAAUACCGAUGCCGCGAUAGCUGUAUUUACUGCCCACAAACACAUACCUGCCAACAGCACGCACCAAACCACCUUACAGGGAGUCGUCUUUCAGUUGGAUUGCGCCUUACAGGAUACUGUGACUCAGAAAGCUGGCAUAGUGUUCAUAUACGACAUGUCCAAUUCCAAAUAUUCGAAUUUCGACUAUGACUUAUCUCAGAAAAUAUUAACUCUUCUUAAGAUGACGACUUGAAAAUUUUUAGAAGAA